GAUCAUUUGGGAUUCUGCUAUUCAACGAGCUCGAUCUUGUCAGACGAGUGAACUAGAGUCGAACAAAGGGCUAAUCCCGCUGCACGAAUUCACAUCGUGCCAGAUAGUCACUCGCUGCCUCAGAUCGCGUGGAUCCUUCCCACCUAACACUCGUAAAAAAUGGCCGGCGCCAUGGACAGGGCAAAGAAGGAGUUGCCAAAGGUUCGAGAUGAGGAGCGAGAAAAGAUGUUCGGAACGGUCUUCUCCGUCUCCGGUCCCGUCGUUAUCGGAGAGAACAUGAGAGGAUGUGCCAUGUACGAAUUGGUCAGAGUGGGACAUCAAGAGCUGGUCGGAGAGGUGAUCCGAAUCGAGGCGGACAGAGCAUCAAUUCAAGUCUACGAGGAGACAUCCGGUGUGACCGUUGGAGAUCCCGUUUUGAGAACGGGUAAACCGCUCAGUGUGGAACUUGGACCUGGUUUGAUGACCAAUAUUUAUGAUGGAAUUCAGCGUCCACUCAAAGCGAUCCAGGAAAAAUCGCAGAGUAUCUACAUUCCUCGUGGCAUCAACACCCAGGCCCUGGACAGACAGAUCAAAUGGGACUUCAACCCUGCAAGCUUCAAAGUUGGUGACCACAUCGCCGGUGGUGACAUCUUCGGAUCGGUGUAUGAGAACUCUCUGCUCGACAACCACAAGAUCAUGCUGCCUCCACGUGCAAUGGGAACCAUCACCCGGAUUGCUGAGAAGGGUAGCUAUUCCGUCGAGGACAUCGUCCUUGAAACAGAGUUCCAGGGAAAGAAGCAAGAACACACCAUGAUGCAACUGUGGCCGGUCCGAGCCCCUCGACCCGUCGCAGAGAAGAUGACUGCCGAUUACCCAUUGUUCACUGGACAACGUGUCUUGGACUCUCUGUUCCCUUGUGUCCAAGGUGGAACUACUGCCAUUCCCGGAGCUUUCGGAUGUGGAAAGACCGUCAUCUCUCAAGCCUUGUCCAAAUUCUCAAACUCUGAUAUCAUCAUCUAUGUUGGUUGCGGCGAGCGUGGAAACGAAAUGGCCGAAGUAUUGGCAGACUUCCCCGAACUCACUCUCGAACGUAACGGCCGUGAGGAGCCAAUCAUGAAGCGAACCGCUUUGGUCGCCAAUACCUCCAACAUGCCUGUCGCUGCGCGAGAAGCCUCAAUCUACACUGGUAUCACUCUGUCCGAAUAUUUCCGAGAUCAAGGAACAAAUGUUGCUAUGAUGGCAGACUCCACUUCACGAUGGGCCGAAGCGUUGCGAGAGCUUUCAGGUCGUCUGGCAGAGAUGCCCGCCGAUUCCGGAUAUCCCGCUUAUCUCGGUGCCAAGCUCGCUGGGUUCUACGAACGAGCUGGAAAGGUCACUUGUCUCGGCAGUCCUUCUCGUCACGGUACCGUGUCGAUCGUUGGAGCCGUGUCACCACCGGGAGGAGAUUUCUCAGAUCCUGUCACAAGUGCGACGCUCAGUAUCGUCCAAGUCUUCUGGGGUUUGUCAAAGGCACUUGCUCAAAGAAAGCAUUUCCCUUCGGUCGACUGGAACGUUUCGUACUCGAAAUACCUUAAGAUUCUCGAUGCUCACUAUGAGAAACACGCCGCUGGAUUCAUCGACCUCCGAAGUCGAGCUCGAGAGAUUUUGCAGAAAGAGCAGGAUCUCGCCGAAAUCGUCCAGCUGGUUGGCAAGAGUGCUCUCGGUGAAUCUGACAAGGUCACCCUCGAGGUUGCGCGAAUGCUCAAGGACGACUUCCUUCAACAGAAUGGUAUCUCUGAAUACGACCGAUACUGUCCAUUUUACAAGACUCACGGCAUGUUGAAGAACUUUGUCUACUUCUAUGACCUGUCUCAGCGAGUCAUUGAGACUGGAGACGUCACAUGGGCAAAGAUCCGAGACUCUGCCUCUGAUCCCAUUUACCAAUUGUCUCAAAUGAAAUUCGAAUCUCCCAACACUCAAUCCGAAGAGGAUAUCACUGGCAAGUUUGACAAGCUCUACAAUGAGAUUGGAGAGACCUUUAGGCGUAUGCAAGAGUGAUAGAUUGGUGUGUGGGUGGUGGACUCUCGUUUCUGACAUGUAGAUGCAAGAGCAUGUAUAAGCAUUUGAUUAG